ACUCAGUAGGAGCUCAUAAAAAGUAAAAAAUGUUCAGAAUACUGAGAAAAGAAAUAAAGAAUAAAAAAGGGGAAUAUAUUUUUGUUAUUGUAAUCUUUGCAAUUUAUGCGUGCAGUUUCCAUGUCACAUGUGGCUUACAUAAUUUUUGAGAUGGGGAAGGAAGCAAUAGAAUGAACUGAAAAUGUUUAGAAAAAGACAAGAAGGACUAAAGUGAAAAAAGUCAGCUUCUGCGAAGAGGGUUCAACUGAGCAGGACUCUGCUUUGGAAUGGUAGGAAUGAGAGAAAAUAAAAACUGGCAGUCCAAGGGGAAGGUCUUUGUAUGGGAUGAAGUCCCCCACCACUUUCAGAUACCCUUCUAAAGAAGGCACGAUCCUGCUUUAUUUGGCCAGAAAUUACUUAAUUCAUUAAUUCUGGCAUAGAACUAGAUUCUGUAAGACUGUGAAGACUCAAUGGAAGCUGGAACCUGCCUGUGCUUUUUCCUUUUUGAAUCCCUUUGAGAGGGCUCAAGGCCCUGCAGCCCGUUGAGUCGUUCAGUACUUUGGUCACAUUAGUGACUCUCUCCAUUGCCAAGAUCUUACUGAGGGAAUCUGGGUGCCAAACCUGUCGCUCCAGUUUGGGAAAGGAACAGCUUACUGCUGUGACAUUAGGCAUUUUGUGGAUUUAAUUAGCAUGGUGUGCUCUGCAGUUCUCUUAAAAAAAAAUCAAUUAAUAAAAAUACUUUAUUGUGCAGAGUAUGUCCAAACUGUUUUAUUGUCAGUGUGUGUUUCUCUGUGUCUCUCUUCACUCAUAAGUAAAUCUUGCAGUUUUCUUUGUAGCUUUUAUUUUGUUCCAGAAUGUCUCCUCAGUCUGAAUGAAGGGUUAAAUUUGCAGUAACUGUGAAUGGUUGACCAAGUUAAAUGCAAUUAGUGACUUUUCAGGAAAAGGUUAAUCUUAUCUGAGUUGAUAAAGACAGGAGUGGAAUUAUAUCUGAUAAUGAACUUCAGCAGGCAUUAUCCAAUGGCACGUGGACUCCAUUUAAUCCAGCAACAGUCAGGUCAAUUCUUGGUAUGUUUGACAGAGAAAACAAAGGUGGUGUGAACUUCAAUGAAUUCACGGGCGUCUGGAAGUACAUCACAGACUGGCAGAACGUCUUUCGAACGUAUGACAGAGACAAUUCUGGAAUGAUUGACAAAAAUGAACUAAAGCAGGCACUAACAGGUUUUGGUUACCGACUGUCUGAUCAAUUCUACGAUAUCCUUAUUCGGAAAUUUGAUAGACAAGGAAGAGGACAAGUUGCUUUUGAUGACUUUAUUCAGUGCUGUGUUGUUUUACAGAGGCUGACUGAUGUGUUCCGACGAUACGACACUGAUCAAGAUGGCUGGAUCCAGGUGUCCUAUGAGCAGUAUCUUUCCAUGGUCUUCAGCAUCGUAUGACACUGAUAACUAGGAAUUACACACUGGCAUUACACAGACUGGAGCUGCCAAAUCAUCGUGUACUGAAUCAGAUUAUUGAUGUAUUAUAAUGGAUGUAACUUCACGUUCUUAAAUUUUGUAUGUUGGUCAUCACCUUAAGAAUCUGUACUUGAGUUGGUUUUUAUUUUGUAUUAUUGUAUGAUAUGACCAUCUCUGCUUACUGUAGUACAGAAAGCACAGAAUCUAGAUUUAACUGGUGCAAUGUCAAACUUAACCUAUUUCACAUAUCCUGCAUGGGAAAAAUGACUCUUUAGAAAUGCCAAAUGAAAAUAAUGCUUGUUAGUUUAUAAAAGAGUUGGAAGUCAGAAGUUGCACAACAUGUUUUGCAUGUGCCUUACUUUUAUAAGAGUUUAAUGUAUUAAUUUUUAAUACAGAAUUUAAAAUUAAGUAAAAAUAUUAGACCAA